AUGAGACAUGAAUUACAUACAGAUUAUGAACUCCUUCGCAAUAUGCUCCUCCAAGCAUUUAAAAAGAACAACUUCACAUUAACUAUGAAACUGGACUGGGAAAAGACAGGAUUACAUGGCAAUCUUUUUAGCUGGAACCGCUGCACACUGCCUAGGGUCAUUACAAGAGAUCCAACUGCGGUCACUUUGGAACAGUUACUGCAAAUUCCUGGAAAACUGGAGGAAAUUACCGAAGACGUGAGCACUCAAAAAUACUGCGCUGGAAACGUUUCGAAUAUGGCUAUGAGAACCUUGGAGAGGGAGCUUUACGCGACAAAUUCGUCACAGGACGAUACUCUUGACGAAAUGAGCAGUCCAGGGAAAGAAAAAGAAAAAGAAAAGUCGGUCAUGGUCAUGGGCUUUUCUAGAGGAACCACCCGCUACUGUUCAAUUAAUGCCCACAGUCGGGAAGAGCAAGGGCGACAAGAUGAUCUCUGGAGUCUUUUCUAUAUGCUCGUCGAAAUGCUUAUCGGAAACUUGCCGUGGAAGAAUAUGACUGACCACGGUCCGACGGAGCGUGAAAAGAUUCAAAGAGAAGGUGAACUCCUUGAACAAUGCCCAAAGGAGUUUGAACUGUACACCUUGCAUUUGAAGCAGCUCAGCUACGCUAUUGCACCAGGUUUGUAG